AUGGCUCCCCUAAAGCUCAACACCAAGAACCUGCAGUCAAUUAAGGUCGCAGGCGAUGGGCAGGUCCAAGUCCCAACCCAUCGUUUCCGCGAUGACUCUGUUAAGGAGGGAAUCGUCCACAUUGGUGUGGGCGGCUUCCACAGAGCUCAUCUGGCCGUCUACGUUGACCAGUUGAUGGAGAAGCAUAAUGAGAAGAACUACGCAAUUUGCGGCGUUGGUUUGCAACCCUUCGAUGCUGCCAUGCGUGAUGUCCUGAGAGAGCAGGACCACCUCUACACCGUCCUGGAGCGCUCGGACAAAGGAAGCUUUGCCCACGUUGUUGGAUGCAUCAAUUCCUACCUCUUUGCCCCCGACGACCGCAAAGCUGUCAUUACGAAGAUGGCCCACCCUGAUACCCGUAUCGUGUCGCUCACCAUCACCGAAAGCGGCUACUACUACAACGAAAACACACACGAGCUCCUAAGCGAUCACCCCGAUAUCCAGGCCGAUACCAAAGAAGGCAACGAAGACAAACCGUGCACAACCUUCGGCUUCCUCUACGCUGCCCUAGCAAAGCGCUACCACGACGCAGAGUCCAAGGACAAGGUCAAGCCCUUCACCGUUAUGUCAUGCGAUAACAUGCAGAAGAAUGGCUCUAUCACACGUCACAUGCUAGUGUCAUUUGCGCGCUUGAUGCGUGACCCUGAGGUCGCGAACUGGAUUGCCGAGAAGGGCGCCUUCCCCAACGCCAUGGUCGACCGCAUCACACCCCAAACAUCAGCCGAGGACAAAAAGGAACUAGCGAGGGACUUUGGAAUCGAGGACGCAUGGCCCGUUGUCACAGAGCCCUUCAUGCAAUGGGUUAUCGAGGACCAGUUCUCCAACGGCCGCCCAGAGUUCGAGAAGGUCGGUGUCCAGGUUGUCAAGAAUGUCCACGACGUCGAGGAAUUCGAGAUGCACAAGCUCCGUCUGCUUAAUGGCAGCCACUCGGCCAUCGGCUACCCUGGCCAAAUGGCAGGCUUUGAAUACGUCCACGAAGUCAUGCAGAACCCGCACAUGCGCAAGUUGGUGUGGGAGAUGAUGCAGGAGGAGGUGAAGCCGCUGUUGCCGGACAUUCCAGGCGUCAACAUUGACGAUUACUGCAAAACGCUCGUGAAGCGCUUCUCCAACUCAAAGAUCAAGGACCAGCUGCCCCGCAUCUGUCUCAAUGCCUCCGGCAAGAUCCCCACAAGCAAUAAGAAGCAACGUGAAUAUCCUUUCCGUCGUCUGUGUUUCGUCGCGGCUUCCUGGUUCCUUUACAUCAGCGGUGUCGACGACAACAAAAAUAAGUUCGAUGUCGUCGACCCCAUGAUCGACGAGCUCAAGGCUGCGGCUGAGGCCGGCCGUGGCGGUCCCAGCCAGCUGCUCGAAAUCAAGAACCUCUUCGGUGACGACUUGCGCGAAUGUAAGCGGUUCACCGAUGAGAUGGAGCAGGCUAUGAAAGACAUUGCUGAAAAGGGCGUCUUGAAAACACUCGAAGAGUACUUUCCUGACCGUACCUGA